CGGCCGGGGCGCACCAUGCAGUCUUUUGAUCAGGCGCUGCGCAGGGCCGGCGAGUUCGGGCGCUUCCAGCGGCGCGUGUUCCUGCUGCUGUGCCUGACGGGCGUCACCUUCGCCUUCCUCUUCGUCGGCGUGGUCUUCCUGGGUAGCCAGCCCGACCACUACUGGUGUCGCGGGCCGAGCGCCGCCGCGCUGGCCGAGCGCUGCGCCUGGAGCCCCGAGGAGGAGUGGAACCGCACGGCGCCCGCCCGCCGCGGCCACGGUCACUGCCAGCGCUACCUCCUGGAGGCGGCCAACGCCAGCGCCGCCGCGGCCCUCAGUUGCGCAGACCCGCUCGCCGCCUUCCCCAAUCGCUCCGCGCCCCUCGUGCCCUGCAGCGGCGGCUGGCGCUAUGUCCAGACCCACGCCACCAUCGUCAGCGAGUUUGAUCUUGUCUGUGUCAACGCAUGGAUGUUGGACCUCACUCAAGCCAUCUUAAACUUGGGCUUCCUUGCUGGGGCGUUCACCUUGGGCUAUGCAGCAGACAGGUAUGGCAGGAUAGUCAUUUACUUAAUAUCCUGUUUUGGUGUUGGCGUCACUGGUGUCGUGGUGGCAUUUGCACCAAAUUUCCCUGUGUUUGUGAUCUUCCGCUUCCUGCAAGGUGUGUUUGGAAAGGGAACGUGGAUGACAUGCUUCGUGAUUGUGACAGAAAUCGUAGGUUCAAAACAAAGGAGAAUUGUAGGGAUAGUGAUCCAAAUGUUCUUCACGCUCGGCAUCAUAAUUCUCCCUGGAAUCGCCUACUUCAUCCCCAAUUGGCAAGGGAUACAGCUCGCCAUAACGCUGCCCAACUUUCUCUUCCUCCUUUACUACUGGGUGGUUCCUGAAUCUCCCCGCUGGCUGAUUACUCGGAAGCAAGGGGACAAAGCAUUGCAAAUUCUGAGGCGAAUUGCAAAAUGCAACGGGAAGUAUCUUUCGCCAAAUUACUCAGAG